AGGCGCGGGUGAAGGUGAUGCAGCGGUUCUCCCCGGAGUGUGCCGUGGUGCUGCUGGAGCACCUGGACACGCCAAAAAAGGAAGAAUCCAGCUUCACACCAGAAGAUGCGGUUCUGGCAUCUGUUGGCAUUGUGAAGUGUAGCCCCGACCACGGGCUGCUGGUGUCGGAGAGCAUGUUCCUGGCCCUGGAGGAGCUGAUCCAAGCGUGCUGUGCGGAAGAUGAAGGUGUCCCUGUGGUUCUGGUGUGUGGCCCAAAAAACACUGGAAAAUCGACAUUUAACAGAUACCUAAUUAAUCUGUUGCUGAAUCGCCUUCCCUCGGUUGAAUAUAUGGAAUGUGACAUAGGUCAAACCGAAUUUACGCCGCCUGGAUGCGUGUCUUUAAGUAACGUAACAGAGCCAAUUCUCGGUCCACCGUUCACUCACCAGCAAACGCCAUGUAAGAUGGUGUAUUAUGGACAGACUAGUUGCGAGCAGGACACAGAAAGAUACCUUGAUGUCGUGAAGUACGUGUUCAGCUCCUACAAGAAGGAAGUGCCUUUAGUCAUCAACACCAUGGGCUGGGUGAAAGGUGAAGGGUUGCUGCUUCUGAUUGAUAUCAUUCGGCUGUUGUCACCCAGUCACAUUGUUCAGAUGGAUGUGUACGACUGGAAGGCCAUGGCUUCGCUCACCCCAGAGUACAUUCAUCUCACUCCUGGCCUGCACACCAAAGGCAAACAGCAAGUCAAAUGCAAGCAGGUGGGGAUGAAUGGAGCAGAGACCUGGAAGCCCUCUGAAGGGGAGGGAGAUGCAUCAGCUCCUGAGUAUAAGUUGCUGUACGUCCACCCAGAAUUCCCUCGAGCAGGGGUUGCAGGAGAAGCGCGAGUACAUAGUGGCAUCUUGCGUGACAUGUCCAUACUGGGUUACCUGGGUCAGCUGCAGUCCCCAGACAUAGGGGCAGUGCUUCCCCUGCACAGUCUUGUGCCGUAUCAGGUACCUUUCAGUGCUGUUGCACUCAGGGUUAUUCACACCGAUGUUGCUCCUUCCAACGUCAUGUAUGCAGUGAACGCCAGCUGGGUCGGGCUCUGCAGGAUACCCGAAGAAAUCAGAUGCCAAACUGACGGGCCGGUCUUGCUGACACAGACACCGGUCUGUGAUUGCCUUGGCUUCGGAAUUGUCCGAGGAGUUGAGAUGGAGAAGAAGCUUUACCACAUUCUGACGCCGGUGCCUCCGGAGAACCUGAGACUAGUGAACUGUCUGCUCCUUGGAAAUAUUGCUAUCCCAAACUGCAUUCUUGUGGGCCAGCAAGGAGUUGAGGGAGAGAUCCCCUAUGUCACAUCCGAUUAUAACUACAGCAUCUUGGGGUCUGGGAAGCUGAAAAAGAAGAAGCAUUUCAAGAGGAGGGAGUACGCGUUCGAGUGCGAUUACGCCUAAAGCCUUGGGGACCUCAGACUCCAUCGUGGGAUUUGUUGCGUAUGGAGACUGGCAAGAGUCGGGUGCGGUCACAGAAGCCCUGGGCGCUACAGAGCUCCGAGGGACCCUGGACAGGUGUCCGGUGUAGAUACUACAGUGUGUCCGG